UCGUUUUCACUAUAUAAGAAAUACAAGAUUGCUAUAUCUAGCAAGAGGGAGAGAUAAUACAAGAGGAAUAGGCUAUCUUACUAUAAGUCUACACCCUAUUAUAGCGAGACAUAGAAUCAAUAUCUUUACAAGAACUUAAGAGGGCUGGAUGCUGUUGUGGCUUGCCCUGAAGUAUAAGAGCAACAUGGCUGCUGCCAAGCUCCUGAUCGAGAAAGGGGCACAAUUUGACUUGGAAGAUGAGCUCGGGCAAACACCGUUAAUGCACGCUUUGCAUUCAGGAAACGACGCUGGCGUCAGGCUGCUGCUAGGGAUAGGAGCUUCCAUCGACAUGAACUAGAGAGACAGCGAAGGUCACCCACCCCUCACUUUCGUGACGUCCCCCGAGCUCAUAAUGUAGAGGCAAUUCAGCUUAUCGGAAGCAACUCGGAAAGAUUAUUCAAAUAUCGCUACAACGUUGAUCAGGUUGAUACACAGGAAUCGUCGCUGGGGGCCGGCGUGUACACUAAUACACCGCUU